UGGGGGGCGGGGUACGCGUAUGGGCUUUUGGAUAGGCUUAGCUCAAUAUAGAGACACAUACAGCGUAGAAACAGGAUGUUUUAAUCAAUGCAAACGACUUCACGUACCAGCUUGCAUAAAGUAAAGGCUGCAGGUCUUCUUCGCCCUUCCAGCAAGAAUCGGUCCCUUUUACACGACAACAGCAGGACGCCAGUCGGAUCUCCAUCGGACUCUGCGCCCGAUCCGCAUCCGCGCUGCCGCCGCUCCAUCAACCAACGGAGGAGGAACCAUUCUGAUUCCCGUGCCAUGUGCAGAACGACAUGUGUGUGAUUUGACGCGGUGACAGUGGAGGGUGAUGGACCAGUUCUUAUCAAAUUCCUUCAGAAGCACCAACGGCGAAGCAUCGAAGGCGGUCGCGUAGAGAAGACCUUCAUACGCAGCGGCCCGUCUGAGAGAAUAACGUUUUUAUUACUAGUGGAAAGGACCAGUGAUCGCUUCCAUGUCCACCAUAACAAUGGGGGAGCAGCCCAUCUACAGCACGAGGGCCCACGUCUUCCAGAUCGACCCCAACACCAAGAAGAACUGGCUGCCCACCAGCAAGCACGCUGUCACCGUCUCCUACUUCUACGACAGCACGCGCAAUGUCUACCGCAUCAUCAGCCUGGAUGGUACCAAGGCAAUAAUCAACAGCACCAUCAGUCCCAACAUGACGUUCACAAAGACCUCACAGAAGUUUGGCCAGUGGGCGGACAGUCGAGCGAACACUGUCUACGGCCUGGGAUUCUCUACUGAGCAUCAUCUAGCCAAGUUUGCAGAGAAGUUCGCAGAGUAUAAAGAAGCAGCACGGCUCGCUAAAGAGAAGAGUCAAGAAAAAAUGGAGAUGGCCACGUCCCCUUCGCAGGAGUCUCCAGGAGGCGAGCUCUCGUCACCUUUGACCCCUGUGACUCCGCCCAUGGAAAGCAUCAACGGCUCGGAUGACAUGUGUGACACGACACCAAACUCCGACACCCGCCCAGAGCCGUCUCAGAACGCACUGGCCUUUGCUCACAGCCCCGCCAUGACAAAACACUGGGAGGCCGAGCUGGAGGCCCUAAAGGGGAACAAUGCCAAGCUAACUGCGGCUCUGCUGGAGUCCACAGCCAACGUCAAACAGUGGAAACAACAACUGGCGGCCUACCAGGAAGAGGCAGAGAGACUACACAAACGGGUGACGGAGCUUGAGUGUCAGAGCAACCAAAUGCCAGUGAUCAAAUCCCAGAAGACUGAACUCAACCAAACCAUAGAGGAACUAGAGAAUACACUAAGGGAUAAAGAAGAGGAAAUGGAAAAAUUAAAAGAGGAAUUGGAAAACAUGAAUGACCUGAUGGAGCAGAAAGACACACUCACCCAGAAACUUGAGGAGACAGAGCUACGCGGGCGGGUGCUGGAGGAGCAACUGAUGGGUGCCGAGCAGCGGUUGGAGGAUAACCAGGAGGAGCAGGAGAAUUUCAGGAAGAGCCUGCGGACGCUGCUGGAGCUGCUGGACGGAAAGAUCUUUGAGCUGACGGAGCUCAGAGACACCUUGGCUCGCCUGAUCGAGGAGGCCAGCUAGAGGAGGAGCUGCCUGAUCUUCACAGACAGAGCCGUGUUAUAAUUUACAUCCUGACACUUAUUGAUUUUUAACCUAUACGUCCCCACUACACUACCCCAAUUCUGAUUUAGCUCAAAAAGGCAGCUAACGCCCCUGUUUUCGUUGAAGACAUCAAGCUCUACUCCUCAUCUUGCCUUCUGAUUGGCUAUUGUAGGCGUAACCUUGGUUGAGUUGAUCCCUGCAGAUGUGGAGAUGCGUGUUGUAGCACACCGCAACUACCCCCCCGCUCCCACACCUCUCCAGGAGUUCACUUUAGACUCGUGCAUCAGGGCCAUCUGCUGUUUGGCCGGGGAAGCUGCACCACAGCUCGCAGCAUCACAACAUCACACGUACACACCCCUUUUAUUCCUCCCCCCAAGGGGAAUGUUGAAAGUCAUGUGGAAAUAAUUGCUGUUAAGACUCAGAGAACUGCGCCAAAGCUGCCAAAUCCCCGCCAAAAAAUAUUGUGCUAACUAGCAGAUGCUUUGAUCCAAAGUGACUUGCUGUACAGUGAAGUGCUGAACAGAGAAACAGAGAAACAGAGCCCCAUGUUUGUGUACGGGCUGCCAGUGUCAACGGGAAAUUAAAGCCUGACUCUCUACGAAUCAAUCAGUUUUACCAGUAGGCCAGGCCACACAGGGCUGUUGGGAAAUAAAGUUUGGUUUAUUUAUUAUUUAUUUACUGCUCGUAUCCACACCCUGACAUGAUGCAUACUGUAAGUAUUGAAUUUCCAAAGGCAUUGUUCAUGCUACAUUUAAAUUUUAGAGUGCAUGUGACCAACUUGAGAAUUUGGGUAUCCAGACUGCUUCCACCCUCACAGACACCUGACCUGUCUUCCUGCCAAACUCAGUGUGGCGUGUGUCCCCAAAUAAGGCCUGACCUUUGACAUAACGUGUGCCUUCGAAGCACACAUGCGUUGACUAAUGUUUGUACAUAAUGUGUGUGUGUGUGUGUGAUUUGUGCUGCGAAAGAAAGACCCUGUUUUUGGACAUCGAGGCCCCCAAACACACACACACACACACACACACACACACACACACACACACUCACACACACACUGAGCAAUACCCGACAGGCUCAAUACGACACCUCUAUAUUAUUCUAUCAGGUACUCUACUCAGUGGACUCGUGCAGAUAGGUCCGAUGCAACUCAGCCCACCCCCCGCCCCCCCGUCCUACAGAAAGUGAACUACUGUUGACCGGGAACCUGUGUGGCCGCCCUGUCUGGGGGAAGUAGUGCUUGGUGAAGGGCUUGUGGAGCGUCAUCUACGUGUUCGUAAUUCUCAACCCUCAGAGAAGCUGGCCACAGAUUUUCACUCCUCACGCGUGAAUAUAUGGAACUGUACUCAGUUUCUAUUCGUUUUCUACCUGGAAUAUGACACUGAUCAUAAGUGAUUAUAGAAGUGUAUAAGGUAACUUUUUACUCAUGACAUUGUAAAUGAAUAGAUGGAUAACUCCAACGCAGUAACGCCCUGCAGUGGCUUAUUGUUGUGUAUUAACCAACGGAAAAGUGUUGCAGCGUUAUUAUAGAGGAUCUAUUCUGUAGUUGAACAAUGAAAACCUCUUCAAUAUAUACAAUGUAUACACAUGGUGUUGAACGUACCGUACCAAAACAUCCACUUCUCAAGCAGCUAAUGUACCCGUGAACUCCCAAAACUGCAUCUUAAAAUUUCUAAAAAAUGAUCUCCUCACAUGAAAUGCUGCUUGUCCUACCUUUCAAUUGAGCACCCUGUUUGCACUAUGUUAUUACACUACAUUAUAUAUCAAGAGAUUUGCAUUUAUACUAGCACAGCAUAAUUAUAUAAAUAAAAAUUGUAGUUAGUUGCACAGGUUAAUACACUGGAAUAAGACCCAUGUAAAGGAAGUUACCCAUUUUUUUCUUUCUAGUUUAACUCUGAUAGUCGAAUGACAGAGAUGGAAAACCCUGAUAUUAAUGCUAUUGUUAAUGAAUGCCUUUGUACAGUAGUUGAUAAGAAGCUUUUUUCUCCUGUUUUGUAACUUAUGGUAUUUAAAUGUAGGGAUUAUUAUUGUAUUUAGAGGUAUGAAAAGACUGGCAAUAUUUUUGACUAUUUAAAGUAAUUUUGAACUCAUGAUAUUAAAGAGGUCCCUCAGGCUUAUGAUGUUCGUGGAUUGGUCAGACUUGUGUGUUUACAGGUGGAAGGAUUUACCAAAUGCUGGGGAAAAGCGACCAGGAGACACAUCUGUUGGUGCUUUAGCCAAACUAGAUCCUUUGUUGAAUUACAACAAACACAGCCCAGCAGGCUGAGAACACCUCUGUGAACUGAGAAAUGCUAUGUUUUAUAUUCAAAUACAGAGACAGCCGAAUUCA